AUGAGAGAACUCACCAAAAUAGUGAUUAUCUCAGUUGCUGUGUUUCUGUACUUCUGCUGGCCAGCAAAGGUGACUGAUUCGACAAAUCCAUCAAUAAAUUCAAGUAAGGGACUUCCACUACAAUGCCAAGAUUAUACCAAAUACGCAACAGAGAAGCAUGCCCCCCUCUCCAGAGGUCCUUUGGAACUGUCAUUUAUGAGACCGCCAUUGGAGUGUCGAACGUUCACCUCGGAUGUUAUUGAACGUGUUAUAGGUGAAUUUAAGUCGAAAAUGACAGACUUUGAUUUGUUCCGCGUGUUGGAAAACACUCUACCAAACACUCUCGAUACAACGAUCCUAUGGUUCAGAGACGACGAGGUAGAACCUCGAACGUUUAUAACCACAGGAGAUAUUCAUGCAGAAUGGUUAAGGGAUUCGGCGAGACAAUUGUCUGUUUAUCAAGAAUUUAUUGGUUCCGAUAGUAAAUUGAAGCUGUUGAUUAAAGGUGCAAUUUUGCAACAGGCCGAAUAUAUUAAGGCUGCACCAUAUUGUAACGCCUUUCAACCGCCACCGCAAUCCAAGGUUAAGAGAAACCCCUCCUCCAUCGAUAGUGUCACUCCGAUCCCACCGUGGGAUGUUGUGUUUGAAUGCAAGUGGGAACUAGAUUCGUUGGCCUCGUUUUUUACCUUGCUUAACGACUACAUUGAAAAUUCAAAAGAAGACUCGAUACUGGACCAUCUACUAGUCAAAGAUGCCAUACAGAUGAUAUACACGGUCUUGCGCCGUGAAUCAGCAUCCACUUUUGAUGAGCAUGGGAAUCAGCGCCCACAUCCAUAUACCUUCAAAAGGCAUACUGACAUUGGAUCAGAAACAUUGCCGCUAUCUGGAGCGGGGAAUCCCGUCAAUAUAAAUACCGGUUUAGUCAGAUCUGCAUUUAGAGCUUCUGAUGAUGCAUGCAUCUACCAAUUACACAUCCCAUCAAAUAUGCAUCUUGUUACAGAGCUGAAAAGGUUGGUUCCUGUUUUGAAGAAACACGAAAUCUCCGUGAUGGGGAAAAGCCUGUCUAUCUUGCUAGAAUCAAUGGCUCAAUCUAUUGAUGACGGUAUAAUGAAACAUGCUGUGUUCCGUCACCCCGAUUUUGGUGACGUUUUUGCUUACGAAGUCGAUGGGUUCGGAAGUAUCAAUAUUAUGGAUGACGCUAAUAUCCCCUCAUUGUUGUCUAUUCCCGAUUUAGGGUACACCAGCAGCAGUGACUCUAUUUACUUAAAUACCAGAAAGAUGAUUUUAUCCAAGGAGGGGAACCCAUAUUAUUUCAGAGGUGCCCACUUCGAAGGUGUCGGCGGACCACAUGUCGGGUUACAAUACGCAUGGCCCAUGAGCUUACUUGUACAGAUACGUACUAGUGAAGAUGACGAGGAAAUUCUACACUUAUUGGAACUUUUGAAGGAAACCACAAAUGGCGCUGGACUGAUGCAUGAAAGUGUCCACAUUAAUAGUCCAAAUGGAAAGCUGUACACCCGACCAUGGUUUAGCUGGUGCAACUCUGAGUUUGGCAAAACUAUAUUAGACUUGGCAAAACGUAAACCAUGGCUACUUUUCAACUGA